AUGUCUGAUAUACAGUCAUCAUCAAUCCCAUCUACAUCUAAAGGUAAUAAAAAUCGUCAAAUAAAUAAACAAGAAAAAGAAAAUUUAUAUCAAUCUCUCUUUCCACCAUAUGUUCACCUUCAUCAACAUUCAAUUUUUUUCAUCAACAACUUAAUCACAUUAGAUGAAAUUAAUCAUUUAAUAAAAUUUGCAUCAACAACAACACAUUUUAUAUUUGACACAGAGCCCGACAAGUAUACAAAUGAACCUGCAAUUAUACAGAUUUAUUUCAUGAAUGAUGUUAAUGUUGAAUCUCCCAUGUUAUUAAUUGAAAUAAAAUUUAUUGAAUCAUUAUCAUCAGCUGAUCGUCAACACCUUCAACAAUUAUUCAAUAAUAUUUUUCGUUAUGAUAGUCAUAUAUAUACUUGGGGUCCACUUCUUUUUGAAUUAUUUCCAUUUUUAGAAUAUGGAUUAUUUACUUAUCCUAUUCUAUCUCAUAUACAUAAUGCUCAAGUUAGAUUUACUUCUUGCACAACUUAUGAACAAAAUACAAAAUUAUUAUUAAAUGAAUUGUGGAGCCUCCAAGAUACAAUAGCUUAUGUAUUUAAUCAAUAUUUAUCAAAACAAUAUACAUUAAGAAAAUGGUCUAUUGGUCUUGAUGUUCGUCUUCCAAAUCGUGAUCCACAAUUCUCUUCUUCUUAUCGUCGUAAAUUAGUUAAAUAUGCUAUCUAUGAUUGUCUAUCAAUGGCUCAAUUAUUACUCUUUAUUUCCAAUUCAAACAUCUCCACUAAUACUACAUGUAUUAAAUAUUUUAAUGAUCCACCAUUAGGGGAGU